AUGGCAAGCCAGACGGGUCGGACGUACAAUGACGCGAUCGAUGCGCUCAACUCCCUGCAGACCCCGUACGCGACCAUCGAAGCGCGGCGCAAGGCCGGCGUCCGCCCCGAUGCCGCCUCCAUCGCCGAGAUGCAGGUCUACCUGCGGCGCAUCGGCUACGCGCCCUCGGACCUCGACCGCCUGAACAUCGUGCACGUCGCCGGCACCAAGGGCAAGGGCAGCACGUGCGCCUUCGCGGCCUCGAUCCUCGCGCAGCACCAGAAGACACGCGGCGCGCCGCGCAAGAUCGGCCUCUUCACCAGCCCGCACCUCAUUGCCGUACGCGAGCGCAUCCGCGUCGACGGCGCGCCCGUGAGCGAGGACCUGUUCGCGCGCUACUUCUUCGACGUAUGGGAUCGGCUCGCCCGCGCCGAGGAGACCGAGGGCGAGGUGGUCGUGGAUCGCCGCUUGGGUCUGCCCAUGCCUACGAGGCCGAUUUACGCCCGGUACCUGACGCUCAUGAGCUACCAUGUGUACUUGCAGGAGCGCGUGGAUGUGGCCGUGUACGAGACGGGUAUCGGUGGCGAGUACGACGCGACGAAUAUCGUCGAACGCCCGGUAGCGAGCGGGAUCAGCACGCUUGGCAUCGACCACGUUUUUGCGCUCGGCGACACGGUAGAGAAGAUUGCGUGGCAUAAGGCGGGUAUCAUAAAACCGGGCAGUGCCGCUUUCACGAUUGACCAGGUAUCCGGGGCGGCGAACGUGCUCCAGGAGCGAGCCAAGGAGAAGGGCGUCUCUUUGAAGGUCCUGGAUGUCGACUCGAGACUGGAGGGUGUCAAUGUUCGGCCGGACGCCCUCUUCCAGAAGAAGAACGCGAGCUUAGGCAUCGCACUGGCAGAGGCUGCGCUGCAGAAGAUAGAGCCUACCUUCGAACGCAACGCGUCAACGUUGCCGAGAGAAUUCGUCGACGGUAUCGAGCAAGUCGUGUGGCGAGGCAGGUGCGAAGUCAAAGCCGAAGGGCCGAUCAUCUGGCAUAUCGACGGAGCGCACACGGUGGACAGUCUCAAAAUGGCCUCGAAGUGGUUCGCAGGCGAGUGUGCGAGCAAGUCCGGGCCCGAGGCCCUGAUCUUCAACCAGCAGGGCCGCGAGGAGGCAGUCAACUUCCUCGAGGGCAUUCUUUCAACGCUGAAGUCGCACGGUCAGGGCACCUUCGAGCAUGUGGUCUUCUGCACAAAUGUGACGUACGCCGACACCGGCUAUAAGCGAGACUUCGUCAACCACCAGUAUGACCCCGACGCCAUCAAGGCGCUCACGGCUCAGCAUGCCUUUGCGGAGAAGUGGUCCUCGUUGGACCCGUCGGCGAAGGUGGUUGUGCUGCCGACGAUAGAAGACGCGAUCAAUCACGUCAGGGGGCUGAGCAAGACUCUGGGCGCGGGAGAGACUGUGCAAGGCCUCAUCACAGGGAGCUUGCACCUCGUCGGUGGAGCACUGGGUAUAUUAGAGGGCGCUGAUGCGCUGUAG